AUGAACCAUCCUGACAGCUGUCAAAAGUUCUCGUUUGAGUGGGUAAUGGAAAAUAAUGAAUGUUUGCAAGUGUUUUUGCAAUAUUUACAAGCCCAUCAAAAUGCUGAACAAUUAGAAUGUUUAAUCGAAAUGAAAGAACUUAAACAGGAUAUGGAUUUGAUAUUAAAUAGUGUUUCGAAUAACAAUUCGGAAGAGUUGUGUGUUUCGAAUAGUAAUACAGUAAGACAAGAAUUGCAACGAAUGUUGGGCGACUUUCCCUUGACUGAUAAGAAAAAGAAGAGAAGAAGUUUAUUCUCUGACUCAUCGUCGAAUAUCAACACAACAGAAAACAGUGUGAAAACAAUUUUUAGAAAAUUGCUGGAAUUUUCCACAAGUUUCUUACAUGUAAAUUCGAAACGAGAACUAAACUUGCCACAAACCUUGAGAAACAAACUGUCGUUACAAAUCCAAACUUUUUGGAACCUAUAUUCUAAAAAGUUUGGAUUUGAUGAACAUUUACCUUGUGUAAACAAUAAUUCGAAUAGAAAUUCAAGUAAUAGUUUCCAACCACCUGUUUCUGCUACUUCUAAUCCUCCUUCUAACUCUUCUAAUACCAUCUCUAGCCCAUCCAAUAACAACAAUAGACGUUCUGUCAAUAGCAAUACAUUCAAUGCUUCAAAUGUCAUUGAUAUUGAAGUGACAGAUUUUUAUGAUUUCAUUACAGACAAGUCACUUUUAAAUUCACCAAAACAAUUUACUGAACCCCCAGGUGGUUUAUCUCCUGUUAGUUCUCUUUCUGAUACUUCAUUUUCAUUUGAUGGAAACUCAAUACUCGAAGAUUUUCUCAUGUGCAUUUCAAGAGUUGAAGAAGUUUUGAAGGAAUUGGACACUUUCAUUCGAUUACAAGUUAAAACAGAGAGUUUUAGAGAUUUCUGUAAAUCUGAGCAGUUAUAUACAUUCAUUCAAAAGUUGAAUCCUUCGACAGAGUUUAUGAGAGAAUUGAAAAGAAAUUACAGACAAUCGAUGAGGGUUAGGUCAAUUGCUAAUCUGAAAGAUAUUGGAGAUUCGAAUGAGCAAAAUUUGUCAAUCAUGUUGCUGAAUGAUAAGCUUCUCAAAUGGAGUAUGAAUGAUGUGUUAAAUUGGAUAGGAGAACAUGGAUUGGAGGAAAUGGAAUAUUUCAUUACACAGAACAAAAUUGAUGGUUCAAAACUUUCACAUCUGGAACAAUAUAUCAAUGAUAGCGUGUAUCCCUCUUUUGAAGUUAGGAAAAAAUUCGAAUAUGAAGUUGAUGAGCUGUUGACCUCGUUUGGAUUUGAACCUCUUCCAAAUACUGAUUUUCCAGAUAUUAAUUCAAGAAAGGGUAAAUCACCACCAAUCUCUAAGAAUGUAGUUGAUAUUUCUAAUGAGACAUUUGUUUUAAAUUGUCAAAUUUCUCAAUCGAGUGAAAUCAAAAAGAUUAAACUGAAAUCCAAACAGCUAGUCAAUUACUAUUCACUUAAGAAAAUACUCAAAGAUACAUUUGGAAUUACCAGUGAUUUGGAAAUUGUACUAGUCAACCAAUCCAAAACUUGUCCAAUUUCUCCAUCCAAUAUUCUAACAUCAUUCAAGAAAGAUAUCAUGAAUCAAAUCAAACAUCCAAAUCAUAAUUCACACAUUACUGAAAUUUUCGAAAAAAAGCUGAUAAUAAACAUUUAA